GAGUUCUAACAAGAACCAACAUUUGAGGAGCCCUGGACAGGACAUCCUGAGAAAUGCCAGCACUGGAGAACAUGAUACGAUGCAGAUAUGGAAUCAUUCUGAAUCAGGGGGCCCCGUCACCAUUGCCAUGCUUUCAGAAGUCCUCUUCAAGAAGCAGAGCGGCAGAGCAAUGAGCCCGGGCCCUGCCUUCUCCUUUGUCAAGGCUCUGCAGGCAGUGAACUCUCAACUUGGAGAGCUUUACCCUGAGAGCGAGGAACUCUUUAAGGUCAUACUCAUUGAUGUCGACUCAUCAGACUCACUCGAGAAAGUGAUCAAAGAACACAAGCUGGAAGAACUCAUCACUCUCUUAUCUGUGAGUGAAGAUCAACUUGUAAAUGAAUUACAACAAAAAAAUACCCACCUGUAUCUGGCUGAUGAAUUGGGGUUGAAGGCUCAGGAAGUAGUCAAUGCAGGUAUAGCAGCUGCUGUUGUGUUCACCCCAAAGAAGAACAUCAUCCCAGUGUCUGAGGAUCAGCUGCGUGUUGCCUUUGAUGGUGAUGCUGUCCUCUUCUCUAAUGAGUCAGAGCUUGAGUUCCAGAGAGCUGGACUACACGGAUACUUGGAGCAUGAGAGGCAAAAUGUUGAAACUCCAAUGACAGAGGGGCCAUUCAAAGGAUUCUUGGAGGCUUUAAUUAGACUGCAGAAAAAGCUGCAUAACAAAGACCUGUACAAGAAUUGUCCCAUUCGUACCUACCUGGUAACAUCUCGAGGGGCAGGCUGUGACGGGUACAGAGCCUUAAACACUCUGCAUACGUGGGGUCUGGAGCUUGAUGAGGCUGUGUUGCUGGGAGGAAGUAAGAAGGGUCCCACACUGGAGAAGAUCAGGCCUCACAUCUUCUUUGAUGACCAGAAGUGUCAUGUUGAUGCUGCACUGGAGGUCGGCACAGUGGCGUGCCUGGUGCUCUCACCAAACCAGCAAUAA